AUGAGCUCUAAAGAUAAAGAUAAAAAAAAAUCAAGUAGCAGUAAGGACAAAAAGGAAAAGAGUGUAGACAAGUCUAAGCUAGAUAAGUCUGAAUCAAAGAAGAAAGAUAAAGAAAAAAAGGAUAAAGACAGUAAGAGCGUCAAGAGCAAAGAUGAAAAAUCUGAUAUUUCUGAAAUUGAAGGAGACAUUAUUGCAUAACAAAUUCCUGCUUAAUAGUAAUAACCAAUUAUAGCUUAAUAGCCAUAACCAGAAUAAAUUGAUACAAAAAUUUGUGUGCAUCAUGGAACAGAGUUAGUAUAUUUUUGUGAAAGUUGUGAAGAACCAAUAUGUAGAAAUUGUACUAAACUAGGUCCUCAUAAUAAUUAACUUCAUAGAAUAAAUACUUUAGAAGAAGCAUUCAAAUCAAGAGUAACUAAACUAAGAGAGGCUAUUCAAGGUAAUCUUUUGGAAAAAAGGGAUCAGUUGCUUGCUCAAAUCCAUAGAAUAGAAUAUAGAAUAGAAGAAAUUAAAUAUGUCAAAACCAUCAUAGAGCGUGAUGCUAGGAAUGAAUACAGUGGUAUUAUUGAAAGACUUAAGAGUGCUGAAGGAUAAAAGCUAGCAAUAUUGCAACAUGAAAUGGGAGAGCUCUAGAAAGAUUUAGAUCGCAUUAAUGAUUUAGGACAUACCUUUAGAUAGUUUGUAAAUAAACCAGAAGAUCCUAUAGAUUUUCUAAUAAGAGCAAGAUCAUUAUAUGAAAAUAUAGAAUUUUUAGUUGCUAAACCUUUUAAAGUCAAUAUCGAGGUUUAUCCUUAUGAUCUGCCUAGAGAAUUAACUGACAUGAGAUUGUAGCUUCAAAAAGCUUCAGCUUAAUAAGCUUUAAUUGAUUUUAAAAAUGAAGUAAUUUGGAAAAUACUUGAAGAAAGAAAAGAAUAAGAAGAAGAAGUUAAAGCAAAGAUGGAGAAAGCAGCUUCUGAAGAAAUAAAUGAAUGGGCAAAGUUAGUAGAUAAAUUUUCAAACGAAUUAAAGAGGUAUCAACUUAUUUGCUACUAUUGUGGUGUUGCUAUGGAUGAUAAAUCUAUUAAUAAAAAAUGCUAGAGUAAUUCUAGAAUUCCAGAAAAUUUUGAUGGUUACACAGUGAAAAUACCAGAUGCAAAAUAUAAUGGAAAUUUAAGACACUUUUUUGGAAAGCCUAAAGCUGAUUAUGUUGAUUUAGUUAACACAGCAAAAUCUUAAGGCUAGAAAAAUUCAAGAGGAAAAAUUCCUUUUAUUCAUUUUAUUGAAGUUUAAAUGAAUCUGAUUAAAAAAUUAUGUCAAGAAAGAGGAAUAGACUUAUCUAAAAUAUUUUAAGAACAUGAUAAAUAAGGAAAAGGUGUAAUAAAUUAGAUUCAGUUUGCAUAUAUUCUAAGUGAAAUUAUAGGCCUAAGUGCAAGUGACUCAGAUUAGAUAAGAAAAUUCUUUGACCCAUAAAGUAAAAACACUAUUGAAUAUCAAGAUAUACUCAGAGUAAUGGAUGAUACUUCUCUAGUCGAAAAAAUUUACUUAGAUGAAAAUCAAUAAAAUCAAGAAUAAGUAUGA